AUGGCUGUAGGAUUCAUGAGCCUGCCUCGAGGACAGAGGCAAAGCGGUUUGCAUGCACACACCGUUGCAGAGAUCUACGUUAUCUUGAAAGGGCGUCUAAUGGGUUGGGAUGGAAGAGGCGAGAACCACAUCGCUAACACCGGCGACUGCGUGUACAUUCCGGCAGGCGUGCCUCAUGGUGUUCGGUGUUAUGGAAGCGAGGACGCAGAGCUGAUAUGGAUUCACGACAAUAUUGAACGGAAGGAUGCAGUCACCUACUUUACAGGUCCUGGUCCCUAUCCACAAAGUGACGAUAUCAAAGUUAUUCGGUACAAGGAUCUUGAGCCAAGUUACGAUGCGCCGCGGUGUAAAGAACCAGAGUUUAUGAGGUGGAACAUCAGUUAUGUUGGUGGUCCACACGGAUUUACCAACCACAAUCCGGAACAGGCUGCCUUGAGCAGAAGUAUACAUAUUGGAGUGCUGGCGCUCGACCCCGCGCAAAAGGAAGUCCCGUUCUCUGCAGAUGAAGAUGAGCUAUACAUCCUCCUUGACCACGAAGUCGUGGUCUCUGCAGGGAGCGAGCAAGGCCGUAGUCUAGAACGAUUGGAUGGAGUCUUCUUUCGGCGUGGCGAGAUGCGUGCUGUGCGGAAUUAUGGCCGCAAGACGGUGAAUUUCCUGACAGUCAGACCAUUUGGUUGA